AUGGUCCUGGCUGUUUGGUUGGUCUCCUUCAUCUACACCUGGAUCACACUGAUGCUGGAUGCUUCUGCCAUCAGGAAACCUCACCAGCAAUGCCUCUCUUCACCAAAACAGACCCGCAUUCGGGAAACUAGAACAAGGAAAGACGACCUUACUAAAGUCUGGCCCCUGAAACGAGAACAACUGUUACACAUUGAGGACCAUGAUUUCUCCACAAGGCCUGGAUUUGGAGGUUCACCGGUGCCGGUGGGUAUAGAUGUCCAGGUUGAAAGCAUCGACAGCAUUUCAGAGGUCAAUAUGGACUUUACGAUGACGUUUUAUCUCAGACACUAUUGGAAGGAUGAGAGGCUCUCCUUUCCUAGCACAACAAACAAAAGCAUGACCUUUGAUCGCAGAUUUUGGGCCAUAUGGGUAAAUGACCACAGUCCUCUUUUUUAUUUCACUUGCAGGAUAACAGUUUCAGCCAUGUGCUUUAUGGACUUCAGCAGGUUUCCUCUGGACACUCAGAACUGUUCUCUAGAGCUGGAAAGCUAUGCCUAUAAUGAAGAGGAUCUAAUGCUGUACUGGAAACAUGGCAACAAGUCCUUAAACACGGAGGAGCACAUUUCCCUUUCUCAGUUCUUCAUUGAGGAGUUCAGCGCGUCCAGUGGACUGGCUUUCUAUAGCAGCACAGGGUGGUACUACAGACUUUUCAUCAACUUUGUGCUACGGAGGCACAUUUUCUUCUUUGUACUACAGACCUAUUUCCCAGCCAUGUUGAUGGUAAUGCUGUCGUGGGUUUCAUUCUGGAUUGACCGGAGAGCUGUCCCUGCAAGAGUCUCCCUAGGAAUCACCACAGUGCUCACCAUGUCCACAAUCGUCACUGGUGUGAGCACCUCCAUGCCCCAGGUAUCCUAUGUCAAGGCAGUGGAUGUAUACAUGUGGGUCAGCUCCCUCUUUGUGUUUCUGUCAGUCAUUGAAUAUGCAGCAGUGAAUUACCUCACCACAGUGGAAGAGUGGAAGCAACUCAACAGGAGAGGAAAGAUAUCUGGAAUGUACAGUAUUGAUGCAGUUCAAGCCAUGGCCUUCGACGGUUGCUUCCAUGACAGUGAGACUGAUGUGGACCAGACUUCCUUCUUCCUACACUCAGAAGACGAUUCCAUGAGAACAAAGUUCACAGGAAGUCCCUGUGCAGAGUCAUCUCAGAUGAAGAGAAAAUCCCUGGGAAGAAACGUUGGUAGAAUCAUCCUGGAAAACAACCAUGUCAUUGAUACCUAUUCUAGAAUUGUAUUCCCCAUUGUUUAUAUAAUAUUUAAUUUGUUUUACUGGGGUAUUUAUGUGUGA